CAAAACAGACGUCUGGGACGUGAGGGUGUUUCACAGUCUAUGGUUUCAACAAGUGUUCCGUUGGGGGGAUCUGUCAAAGUCCAGUGUCUUAAGUGAGUUUUGUCCUUCGGCUGAUGAUGUGAAUGUCGUCAGGAAGGAUGUCUCAGAGGCUGACCAAGGAAGAGCUGGAUGCACAGUUUGAACAGUUUCUGAAAGAGUCUGUUUCAGAUGACUCUCUGGAUCUGGGUGGCGCUGACAAGCCGCCUCAGGCUCAAAGCAGCCAGAAAUGCAGCCAGAAACCAACCGUGUCAUGGUGGCAGGAUGAUGAAAACAGCAGUGAAGGAACUGGAGGAGCGGAGUCUCCAAAGCGCAGAUUUAUCAAAACCAAAACGUCACAGCCCGAGUUCAGCAACGGAUCAGGGAAGUCUUUCAGAAAGUCUCUGAGUACGUCUCAGCCUAUCCAGGAGGAGGAUGAGGAUCCAGGAGAUGCUGGUUUGAGUGAUGAUGGACGGGAAGGUGUUUUUCUCAGCAGAACCGGCACAGAUGCUCAAACUGGAAACAUGAGCAGUGUGGGCUUGGACACUCUGGAGGAGGAAGAGGAGAAGGCCAGGUUCUUCGCCCAGCUGGAGGCAGGAGCUUCUACAGCUAUAGAUUACUCCAUGCUGAACAGAGAGCUGGACUCCACCAGUCCUAGCAUCGAUACCGACCUCAGGAAAACAGCAGCUCUAAGGCAGGCUGAUGACGGCGGAGUCGGAGGCUCAGAGGCUGUCGGCAAGCUUCCAGACUCUCCUCACUACAGUGAAGAUUUUGAAGACGAGGAGAACAUGAAGGAGCUGCUGGAGGAGGAACCUCAAACGUCUCGAAUUCUGGCAGGAGUGUCUCUGUAUGAUUCCUUGGAUGAGACCGGUGGACAGGACAGGAAGGACAUGGCCGGCUCUCUGGACAGAGGCCAGUCGUAUGGACAGAGCGGAGGGUCGGACAUGGAGGCGCUUCAGGAGGCUUACAGACAGAUUCAGACUGCGCAGAGUUCAAGUGAUCAUUACUUCUCUGUAGAAGACAGGAGGAAGAUCACCAGGUCUUCCUCUCCAUCCUCCCCUCCUCCUCAUCCUCCACAGUCUCUUCAACCUGCUUCCACCACUGAGUCAGAGCUGCCCACGGCUGAGGAGCUGAUGAAGCCCAUCCGGCCAGACGACAUUAGAGGCUUCAGCCUCCAGCCUGCCAGUUCUGUGGAGCUCAACGAGGGAGAGACAUCCCGGUCCUUACAGAGGACUUUUCCAGUUAGGUCACGUCCAGAGUUGGAUCGGAAGCAGCCUGAAAAGCCUGGUGCUGCUGCAGGAAUAAAGAGAGCCUGGCGAGGAACCAGCCAUCCGUCCAGCUCUCCUGACCCCCCCGUCCAUGACCUGACCUGGAGAAUCAGGGAGGAGGUGGACAGACUGAUGCAGGAUCAUAGUAACUGUCCCACUCAGACAUUGUCUAAGACCACUAAAGCUAGAAAGCAACCGGGUUCCCGGGGCUCCUCUGCUUUCCCUCCCUCUGUGGCUCCUGUGAGGGGGAGACCAGCACUGAACUCCAAGUCAUCAGGAACAUCAGCGAAAGCAAAUUCCUCUCUUACCCGUUCCCCUCAUCAUCCACUAAAAACCAAAUCCACAAAGAGCCAAAGAAACGAUGACUUCAGCUCUGCAGAGUCGGGUCUGAAGGUGAGCAGUGAGCUGGUGGCGUCUGUUCAGUCCUUAGUGGCCGUCCUGCAGCAGCAGAUGGACCCAGAUGCUGCACAGGAAGUCAGAGGUCGUCAUGAAACCAGACAGAUCAGUAAGGACGAGGACAGAUCUGAGGUGGAGGAUCUGAGAGUCCAGCUGGCUCAGAAAGACUGGGAACUGCAGAUGAUGAAGGAAGCAGCAGAGGAGCUUGGUUCCCUCAGACAGCAGAACUUCUUACUGCAGAGCAAACUGAGAAGUGCCGAAGAAGCAGGUCAGAAAAAGAACAGGAUGGAGGCUGCAGAUGCUGCUACAGAGGAGAGGCUAAAACAAAUAGAUAAAGAAAUGAAAGCGCAGGAGACUCUCAUCAAAGGUUACCAGCAGGAGAACGAGAAGCUGUAUCUGCAAAUGAAGGCUCAGCAGGCCAGGGGUAAAGCCAAUGAGGAGGCCAUGUUUAAUGAGAACCAGAGGCUGCUGAAUGAACUGGCUUUUACAAGAGAACAGCUGAAGAAAACCUGUAAACCUGUGAGCAGUUUGAUCUCAGCUCAUCACUCUCAACACAUUUCAGACCUGCUGGCUCAGAUCAGCGUUCUUCAGAGAAACGAGGCUCAGCUGUCUGAAGACAACCACAGGCUGAAGCAAGAAAAGCAGUCGCUGGAGGUUGACCUGCAGCUCGUGAAGAAGGAGAGAGACCUGGCUAAAGCUCAAGUCAUCUCUACCUCAGGAGAUAUGACCUUUGAGAUGCGUGUUCUGGAGGACAAGCACAGAGAAGAAGUGUUGACCCUGAAGAAGAAGCUGCAGUGGUUUGCUGAAAACCAGGAGCUUCUGGACAGAGAUGCUGGCAGACUGAAGACGGCUACAGCUGAGAUUCACCAGCUUAAAGAGCAGGUGGAAAAACUGAAACAGGAAGUGGGCAGAAGAAGCAGUGAGCAGCAGAGAAAGGCCCGGGACAAAUCUGUGGACUCAAAGAAAAUGAAGGACCUGGAGAGACAGGUGAAGGAACUGGAGCAGAUUCUGAGGAGCAGAAACCCGAACUCGCUGCCAGCUCUGAUUUAUGCUGCAGCCACGGCUGGAGAUGUCGCCAGAGCGUCCCCGCCCGGCCGGAUCAAUGCUCUGCUGGAGCGCAGGAUUCAGCGCCUGGAGGCAGAGCUGGAGAGCCACGAUGAAGAUGCCAAACGUAGCCUGAGGACCAUGGAGCAGCAGUUCCACAGGAUCAAGCUCCGCUACGAGCAGCAGAUCUCAGACCUGGAGCAACAGCUGCAGCAGAAACAGCCAGUUGAAGCAGCAGCCAGGUCAGAACCGUGGAUGUCAAAGUGUCAGAGUCUGGAGGAAGACCUGCGUCGCCUCCAGGAAAACCACCAGAAGAAGGAAAACUGUCUCCGUGAGCAGAUCGAGUCUCUUCAGCAGCAGCUCAAAAACAAGGCUCAGCCCAGUCCAGGACGACACCAGCGCCAAGCUGAGGCUGCGUUUGGAGCCCGGAUAGAACGACUGAACCAGGAGCUCGCCACCAAGACACGAAGCAUUCAAGAGCUGAGCCGCGUGGUGGAGAGGCUGCAGAAAGAGAGGAGGAACAUGUUGUCUGGACCCAACCCACCACCAGAAUCCCGUUCUACAGAAACCAGACCACAACCGGGCCUGACCAGAACACAAGGCUCUGCUACUGGAAGAGAGACCCGUCCAGAAGAAACGUUUCCAGCUGCUCAGUGCGAGAAGACCUACCAGCCCACCGUCUUCACAGGAAGUCACAUCUCUGAGGUUCUGCAGGAGAACGAGGCUCUGAAGCAGCGUGUGGACCUGCUCCAGCUGCAGCGUGAGGAGGAGAAGGAGGCGCUGAAGGCUGAAGCCGUGAAAGCUGAGGAGGAUCUGAGCAGGCUGAAGGAGCACUUCGCAGAGCAGCUGUCCUCCAUGAAGGCAGAACACCUCCGGGUCCUGGACCAUCUGCGGGCCACCUACGCCCUGGAGCACUCAUCCUCCAAGGUUGCAGAGCUGAGCAACAAGCUGAACACUCAGGAGAUAUCCAUGAAGCAUCUGCAAGAGCAGCUGAAUGACCUGCAGGGAUCCAAAGAGGCUCUCAGAGUCUCCAGGAGCAGAGAAGAUGCUCUGCAGAAGCAGCUGACACGGCUGCUGCAGGAGUUGAAGGAAGCUAAAGAAGCUCAGAGCUCAGAGGUGAAACUCCUGUGCAGCCUGGAGAAGAAGAUCCUGAACAUGGAGCUCAGACAGCAGCACAGAGAGGAGGAGCUGCAGCAGGUCGUCGGAGGGAUGCUGCAGGUUCCUGAAGCUGAUCUCCAGUCAGAGGUUGAGCGAUGGCGGCGUCUGGCCCAGGACAAGAGCAGAGAGCUGGAGGCUUUCCGCUCAGAGCUGGACUCCAUCCUGGACAUCCUGAGACACCUCCAACAACAGGGGGUGGUCCUCCCCACUCCUGACACCCUGAAGAUGGCCCCCCUCCUCCAGAACAGCUGAUCUGAUGGCAAUUCAGCUUCCUGCUGUUCUCUGUGCAGAUUUUUUACUUUUUGUUUAAAUUAUUGUAAUUUAUUGAAGACGUACUGAAAAUAAAACUGAGCCAA